UCUAUAUAAGCUCUGCGCCUUCUUCCCUCCCCUUUGCACCAUCAAUCACCACUGCCUACUGUUUGCAAGCUGGUAGCAAGAACCUACAACCUUGUCAAGUCAAGCGAAACAGCAUGACUGGCGUGUGGGUAUUUGAAGACGGGAUCGUGAGGCGGGCGGACAGCGAGGCGCCCAGCCGCGGCGGCGGGAGCGGUGGGCGGCCGGGCAAAGUGCUGAUGCAUGUGCCGAGCGGCGAGGUGGUGACCUCGUACGAUGUCCUGGAGCGGCGGCUGGGAGAGCUGGGGUGGGAGCGCUACCUCAACGACCCGUGCCUCCUCCAGUUUCACCAGCGUUCCACCGUGCACCUCAUCUCAGUCCCCCGCGACUUCGCCCGCCUCAAGCUCGUCCACAUGUACGACGUCGUCGUCAAGACGCGGAACGUCUUCGAGGUCCGCGACGCGUGACGGCGUGAGCUUGCUAGCUUCCGUGUCUGCCCUGGGUAAGAUACCAUUUCGAGGUCCGCGACGCGUGACGGCGUGAGCUUGCUAGCUUGCGUGUCUGCCCUGGGUAAGAUACCAUGAGAUCGUCUUCGUCUACGCGGCAGGACGGCCGGCCGCCAUAUAUAUUUUUGAACUGCGGCUGCCAUAUAUAUAUCACGGUACUUCGUAUGUAUUGUACUGUAUUUGUGCGAUCGAACUACCACGGUACUACGUGCGCGUGCGUGUGGCUUUGCUGGUCCGCAUGUGUGUAGCUCAAUAUACGGCCGGGGUCGUCUGGUGCUAUCUCCAGCCGAAUAGUUUGUACAUAUAUAUUAUAUGGGAAACUCUUACCUUCCA